CAUCCAUACAUACAUACAUACAUACAUACAUACAUACAUACAUACAUACAUACAUACAUACAUACAUACAUACAUACAUACAUACAUACAUACAUUUUCUUGGCUCGUGACUGGGACACAAAAUGAGUUUUCAUUUUGCUUUUAAAAAGCUGUACGUCAGUCACUCUGCGCCUCGCGCGCGCAAACGAGUGCGCGCACCCGCUACGUCACGCGUCGGGAAUGCGCCGCGGAGCAGCCGUUGCUGCUAGAGGCCUUUGGAUCCGUGACAACGCAGGAUGAGACCCCAAGGAAAAAGGACUGUAACAUUACUGUAAAAGAGGCCUGCCAUGUCCGGUCCCACCUGGCUGCCCCCGAGGACCGUGGAUAGUCCAGAGCGAGCCGUCCCCCAGAUGUCACACUCUGCUGGGGCACCAAUCUACAGAGCCCCUAACAAGAAGGGCACGUCCGACUUCAGACCGAAAUAUGGACCCUAUGACCAGAACGGAGGGGCAGGGAUGACCAACAGGUACAUGGCGACUGGGCCCACAGGUGGGCCCAUUCAUCACUCGACAGGCGAUCGCUACUACUCUCCUCCCCAUGGUCAUAAAGAGGAGCGUAACUGGAGCCCUCACCCUCACAUGGAGGGCUACGACUUGAUGCAUCGUGGUCCGGAGAAGACGGGCAGCUAUCACUCCAAGAUUGAUGCCGAUAUCGACUCUCUCACCAGUAUGCUGGCUGAUCUGGACAGUCACCCACAGGACUCAAGCACUCAACUCUACGACAAUGUGCCUUACAACAAGUACAUCUCAGGGGAUCACUACAAGCCUGCACACCAGAGCGCAGGCCCCCCUCAGGGCCGGCCGUCCAUGGGGUACAGCGCUCACCCCCAGAGCCAGUACCACCCGGCACCGCCGUACCCCAGUGAGCACCAGACCCCCCAGUACUCCCACCAGCAGGACUAUUACUCCACGUCCAGCCCCAAGCCCUACCCCCAGCCCGUCCCGGCCUCCUACACCACCGCCUCCACCCCCACUGGGCCCCGCUUCAGCGUGCAGGUCAAAACGGCCCAGCCCGUCACCUACUCCCAGACCGGGAGGCAGGCCGAGCAGGCGUACACGCCGCCCCCCCCUCGCCAGCACACGUCCAGGCCCGCCCCUCAGACUCAGACGGGUCCCCAGGGCUGGUACCCUCCACACCCCGGCUCCCAGGUUCAAGAGUUCCACUCUGAGGGGGCCUACAAGGGCGGCGGCUCCGGGUCCGGAGGACGAGUUAACCAGGUUCAGAUGUCGAAGCGAGGGAUGGAAAGCACCCCGACAGCUGCUCAGGGUCCUGCUUAUCAGUCCAGCAAGGUGGCAGCAACAACCAGGCCGGAGGAAGAGCUGGAUCGCCUCACCAAGAAGUUGGUCUACGACAUGAACCACCCGCCUUCGGAGGAGUAUUUUGGUACGAUUUCCUGUGUGUGUGACGGCCUGUGCCCCGCUGCCCUGCACGCAGGCCGCUGCGCCCGCUGCGGCGACAACGUGGUCGGCGACGGCAGCGGAUGCAUCGCCAUGGAGCAGGUGUUCCACGUGGAGUGUUUCACCUGCAUCACCUGCCACGCUCGGCUGAGGGGGCAGCCCUUCUACGCACUCGACAAGAAGAGCUACUGUGAGAGCUGUUACAUCGUAAGUUCAACAGAAAUGGGCCGCAUGGUCAGCAGCAUGGGACAAGAUAGUACGUUAGAGCGCUGUUCAAAGUGCUCCAAGCCCAUUCUGGACCGCAUCCUGCGGGCCAUGGGGAAGGCCUACCACCCGCGCUGCUUCACCUGUGUGGUUUGUAACUGCUGCCUGGACGGGGUGCCCUUCACCGUGGACGCCACCUCUCAGAUACACUGCAUAGACGACUUCCACCGGAAGUACGCGCCUCGCUGCUCGGUCUGUGGCGAGCCCAUCAUGCCAGAGCCCGGACAGGAGGAGACCGUGAGGAUCGUAGCUCUGGACCGCAGCUUCCAUGUGGGCUGCUACGUGUGCGAGGAGUGCGGCCUCCUGCUGUCGUCUGAAGGCGAGGGCCGCGGCUGCUACCCGCUGGACGGCCACAUCCUCUGCAAGAGCUGCAGCGCCCGCCGCAUCCAGGACCUCUCCGCCAAAAUCUCCACCGACUGCUAGCAGCUCUCCUUCCCAUUUCCAGCCGGAUCCUUUUCGCAAAACGCACGCCUAGGCAACGCGACGGCUGGCUUAAAACAAAUGUGCAUUUUUUCCCCCCUCAUGUUUUCUGAAGAUAGAUGACACACUACCUUAUUGUUACUGGUAAUGGAGGCCAUCGCCCCCCCUGGUUUCCUUCGUCCCGUUAAGCUACACGUGUGUGCGGCGGCCUGAGCUGCAGGCAGCUCUGGCUCCGCCUCCCCACGCCGGUACGGCUCCCACCGCACAUCCCACGUCUGAACCCGCCCCGCUAACGGGAGCCGUGGUUUUGUAAAAAGCACUACCAGUCACUCAUUUCAAAGGCACGGAACACGACAACAGACUGUACAUAGCACCCUGGGCCGGAAACCGCUCUGCUUUUUAAACAUUUAGUCUCAGAGCAGCGAAAUAGCCUCCUAGAACAACAAAUGUAGACAAAAGGAAUGUGUAGUGAACUCCACGCCUAGGUUUUGUUACAGAGUAGGAUAUUUGCUAGACCAGAUUUUUGUCCUCACAGGGUCGUGUUGUUUAGUUUUGUAGUUGGAUUCGGGGGUCGGGGGGGGGUUUGGAUCAAACUUGACUGUUACAUUGAAGACGACGGUGCAAUGAAGACGAGCGGCUCUGUGCUCCGUCGAAAAGAAAACAGGGUGUUCCCGCUCCUGUGCCGUUCAGAGGGAGCUCGUGUUCGGUUUCUGAGGGAAACCCGGUUCGAGCGGGAGUGACGAAUGUUUUUUGUUUUUUUUGUCGCUGAGGAUUUGUAUUUCCCUCAGAUUUAGUUUGAAAGCCCAGCUCCUGGCUGGUGAAGUGAGCUUUGCCCGUCGUUGCACUCCCCGGGGCAGAGUCCUCAGAGCUACAGUAUUUGUUACGAUUGUGUUUGACUCCUGUCUCUCCGUCCUCAUUUUGUACGUGUUCCUCUCAAAGGGCUAAAGAGUCAAAAGCCUUACCUCAAGGACGUCACUUAGUUUCAGGAUGACACAGUUUAGAAACUAGUUUGACAGUGAAUUCUUAAUUUUUUUUGUGCUUUUCUUUGUGAUAGAACUCGAUCAGACGGUUCAGAAUUUCCCCCUCUAGCUAAUUUAUCUUGUGAUGUAUCGACUGUUUUUUGCAUUAAUCUGCUUUUUUUUUAUCAUUAAGCUAUACAUUUCAUGAAUUCUGAUGUAUUUUUAAACUCCCGAAUCAUGCCAGCUCGUGUCUUCAGACAGAUCCUUUUGUGUGUCCGCUGUUUUCAUCUAUUUAUCCUCCUCACUGCCUUUUCCUUUUAAAAUGUGUCGAACUGGAGCUCCGGUGUGUUAAGAGGAGGCGGCAGAAUAGUCUCUGACUGACUAAUGAAGCACAAACAGCAGGUAGUUGAAUGAAUGUCAGCACAUGGUGGAUUUUUCUCCUAAUAAAGGUUGUAAUGUACUUAAUUAUUAAAAUGUCUGUGAGCGA